AUGCGGGCCGUCCUCCAGGAUAAGAUAAGAGACAAAGAAAAAAAGGAUCGCGACCGCUCUGAGACGUAGCGUCAGCGGCGCAGGGCGGAUUCCCGUUUCAGUCGGCCGGAACAGCUUGCCAGAGUCAGCUGGAAAAGCUUCAAAACCAUCAAGAUGCAGAAGUCCUUCCUUAUUUUCGCUGCCGUUCUGGCCUACGCUUCUGCAGCAACUAUUAUGGACUCAAACGUGUUCAUGGACACGGUUCUUCAGCAAAAGAUGCCUUCCCUGGUUAGGGGAAACACCAGGCUAUACCCGUUCGCAACCAUCCCAGAUUUCCAGUUCAAGAUAAAGUCGACGGGCCUGUUCAACCGCGACCUGAAGGUCAACGCGACUGCGGGUGCCAUACGACACCUGGACACCGCGCCACACCGCAAGGGCAGCUGCCAGCCCCCGGUGCUGGUCGGAGGCAAGACCACCGUCCUCUGCGAACUCGACCUGAGCGGAAUCAACACCACUUUCACGGCCAAGACCAAGGGUGACAACCUUGCGGGCACGGUGAAGAGCAUCUGGGUGCACGUGAACGCCACCAAGGUGUUGACCGACUUCGAGGCGGCUGCGCUGCCGGGCAAGGACGCCAGCGUGCAGACGUUCCGCAUCAAGGAGCUCGAGCUGAAGACCAAGUACGACAAGUCACUCAGCCUCGGCGACGACCGCAAGAAGGACUUCAAGAAGGAGCUUGAGAAGAAAGUGCAGACCUCCCUGUACGAGGUCAUCUACAACGAGUACAAGCAGGUGCUCGAGAGGGCCGUCGCCGACACCUACUUUCCGCGAGCGUAGAACGUGCUAGAGGAGCACGUGAACGCGACGAAAUAUUUCGCACACACUCACACCAAAAAUUCUACGAAACUGGGAAGCGCGAGAAGUUUACUGCACGGUGGUUUAACUUUGAAAAUACAGUGCUUCGCUGUGAAAUUGCGUGAGUAAAUAUAUGUGUAUCCCAUUCCUAAAAGCACGUUUUGUUGCUUUUGAAGCAAGAAGCUUCAGGCGAGCGAGAAAAAAAAAAAAAAAGAGGCAGCAAAAUGCUCGUUAGCCUCAUGCCACUUCUGUGAUUUAGACGUACGGUCGACAGCAAAGUUGUGGUACUUUCUUUAUUUUUUUUUGAAGAAUUUCGGGGUGUACCCUAUGUAGUUCCUGUAAAACGAACAAACACACUUCCUGACUCUGAUGACAGAAAAUAAAAAUGCAUAAAGAAAAGGA